GCAGCUAGCAACACACCACAGCUGGAACUCUGAUUUUCGUUGAGCUUUGCUCAAAAAUUUCUACUGCUCUGUCAGAUCUCAUCGGAUCUGAAUACUUCGAUUAGGCAAGCAUGGGAUGUGACGGAGGCACAAUCCCCAGACGCGACGAGUUGGUGCGCACAAAGCAAAAAGGAGAGCAAAAGGAUGCGAAGUCCGAAAACGCAUUCAAAUGGAAACACUGUGCGAUAUCUCAGCAAGCUCUGAAAAAACCGAUCGUAGCAUGCGAUUUGGGACGACUAUACAACAAAGAAGCCGUCAUCCAGUAUCUACUGACCAAGACUGAAGCUCCGGUGGAAAUCGCAUCGCACAUCCGUCAGCUCAAGGAUGUCACCGAGCUGAAAUUGACCGAUAACCCAGCCUACAGGGACGUCGAGUCCAAGGGAGCCGAAUGCGUGGACCACGCCGUUUCGCCGUACGUUUGUCCGACGAGUCUCCUCGAGAUGAAUGGUGCCUACAAGUUCAUGUUCAAUCGCCGCUGCGGAUGCGUUCUCAGCGAAAGGGCACUGAAGAACGUGAAAACAGAGAAAUGUUUGAAGUGCGGCGGCGGUUUCGAUACGAAUGACCUCAUCACUCUAAACCCUAGCGACGAUGAACGAGCUCUUCUCGAGCUCCGUAUGGCCGAACGCAAAGCCGCCAUGAAAGCCGCGAAGAAGAAGGUCAAGAAGGAAGUCAAGAAUGAAUUCGAACCUGAGCCUAAGAAAGCUAAGACCCAGAAAAUCAAGACCGACAGCGCGAAAACCGAGCCCGGAACCUCAGGGACUUCGCUCGGAGCUUCCAAGUUAUUGAUACCCGAAAAAGCGAAGGAGUCCUACUCGAUAGCCCAAGAUCCGAAUGCAUCCGAAGCGCUCAAAUCUCUCUUCACGACUCAUGAGUCGGCGAAGAACAAACCGAAGGCUCAUUGGGUCACUCAUAAUCCACUCUUCUACUGAUGCUUAUAUCCUUCUCAGGAGAUAUAAUUGUGUAUGUAAAUAAAAUGAAGGGAGUACGGUGAUAUUGUU